GCAGGCCUUUUUGCCCAGCAGCAAUCCAGGCAGAGCUGGCUGGUUUGGUGCAAUCUGGAAGGCUGUUGUAAUAACAGACAGAACAAAAAGCACAAGGAAGAACCUAACGGCCAUAUAAAAGUCCCUCUGAGCUCCGGUCCCCGCAGAAGUGCACCAGCCUCAGCAAUCAGCAUGACCAGCCAGUCUCAGGGAAUCCAGCAGCUUCUGCAGGCAGAAAAACGUGCCAAGGACAAACUGGAGGAAGCCAAAAAAAGAAAGGGAAAGAGGCUGAGGCAGGCCAAAGAAGAAGCCAUAGCCGAGAUAGACCACUACCGGUUACAGAGGGAGAAGGAAUUUAGGAACAAGCAAACAAAUGUAAUGGGCUCCCAAGGUAACCUCUCUGCUAAAAUAGAAGAGCAAACAAAGGAAACCGUCCGAAACCUCACUAGCAGCUACCACAAGAACAUGGAGAGCAUGAUGAAAAAGCUUUUGAGCACGAUAUGUGACAUCAACCCUGAGGUUCACCCAAACUUCAGACAUGCAGCUUAAGAUCUAUUGAUGUGCUGGGGAAGAAUGUUUGUAAAAAGCAGCCUUCUUUCUUGAUAAGCAUAAAUAUUUCCUCAUUUAUUGUUUCUGUAUGUGUGAGUAAAAAGAACACUAAAGCCAAAAGCACACAGUUCCACUUAGACUUUUGAUGUGACAAGAAUUAUACAGGGUUUCACAAGCAUUUGUUGGAAUAUUGUUUCCUGUUGGUAGCUAAGCCCCUGUCAUUUAGACGGGGGCAAGUCAACAACAGCAGAAUAAAUGAUUAUUUGACACAAGCA